UAGAUGAGGGAUAGUAGAGUAUAUAAAGAGUUGAUUGUUCCCGCGUUUUUAUUUAUCGUUGGUAAUAGCCAGUUCUACUGUAUUAGUUCUUCCAUUAUACAUAACUGCAGUGCACCUAAUUACCCCUCUUAAAAAAAUAUCAAACUUCAAUCGAUUAGACAAACACAACAUCACAUAAAUAAAGCACCAACAAGAGAAUAAAAACAGACAAAAUGGUUCAAUUACUCGGAAAAGAUAUUGGUACCAUCGGGUACGGCAUGAUGGGUAUGUCCUCCCCAAUCUCCUCUCAAACACCAACUAAUCCUCCCUCCUAGGUCUCUCAUGGCGUCCAGAGCCUCAACCUCUCGAAGAGAGCAUCGAAACCCUAAAAUCCGCCCUCGAAAACGGCUGCAAUUUCUGGAACGGUGGACAAUUCUACGGAACACCUGAAUACAACUCUCUUACCAUCUGCAAGGCCUAUUUUACAAGGUAUCCUGAAGAUGCUGAUAAAGUAGUCUUGAGUAUCAAGGGUGGUAUAGAUCUAACAAAGUUCGUUCCAGAUGGAAGUCCAGAGGGAGUGAGAAAGAGUGUGGAUACAUGUUUAGCACUCUUGGGAGGAAAGAAAAAAAUCGAUAUUUUCGAGUGCGCGAGGGUGGACAAGAAUACACCCAUUGAAACUACGAUGAAGGUUUUGGAGGAGGAAUAUGUGAAGACGGAGAAGAUUGGGGGUAUUUCGCUGAGUGAAUGUUCGGCGGAGACAGUGCGUAGGGCUGCAAAGGUUACGAAGAUUGUGGCUUGUGAGGUGGAAGUUGCUUUGUCUACGUUGAAUAUUUUUCAAAAUGGGGUUGCAAAGGCUUGUGCUGAACAUGAUAUCUUGGUUGUUGCGUAUGUAUUUUCUUUCGAUAUGGAUAAUGAUAAUGGUAUGGCUAAUGAAACACAGAUACUCACCCUUAGGCCGAGGAUUAUUGACCGGUGCGAUUCAAAAGCCAGAAGAUAUCCCUGAGGGGGAUCCCCGUAAAGACUAUCCUCGAUUCCAGAAAGAACACUUCGAAGCCAACAAGAAGCUUUCUGAUGCAGUGGCAAAGAUUGCGGAGGAAAAGAAAUGCACAUUGGCUCAAAUUUCUAUUAAUUGGCUCACGGCAAUUUCGAAGAAGGACGGUAAUCCAGAGAUUAUCCCAAUCCCCGGCGCUACUACAAUCAGCCGCAUCAAGGAGAACUCCAAGCAAGUAUCCUUAAGUGCUGAUGAUUUGGUGGAGCUUGAAUCGAUUUUGAAGCAAUUCCCAAGUUCGGGACCUCGUUAUGGCAAGGAGCAAUCAGCAAUGUUGGAAGGUUAAAAGCCUUGGUGAAAGGAAAGGAGUUAGCAAUGAUGAAACUGGAGUAUGAAGUAGCGCAAGAAUGUGUAUUUAGAACUAGAGCUCAGAAUAAAUUGUGUAAUGUGUUUAUGUCGACCUUAA